AUGUUCAAAAUAUCGCGAUCAAGUGGCGAGGCCACUGCAGACCACCAAGUUGGGUCUAUGUUAUCUGAAAUAGGUGCACGGUGGCGACUGCGAGGUAAAAGUCCCAAUCAACGCCACCGCCAGUCAGCCAAAGCCAACAACGCCACUAACCAACGUUAUCGUCAGCCAGCCACCACCACCCCCACUAUCAACAACCACACACUGGACCACUUCAUAAUGCCACCAAGCCACCCACCAAGAAAAAGGAGAAAGCCAACAGAACUACAGCGGCAAAGCAUAACUGACCAUUAA